AUGGUCCCCUGCUGUGCUCACAGUGGAGGCUAUCUCCUUCCUUACCCACUUGGUCACUGUGGCGGGUUCUGCCAACCACUCAGACGUCACCUCUCAGGACCAGCAGCUCUCAUCAAGUUCGUUAAUCACAACUGGGAAUUCGACACAGAAGGUACAGCAGUGAAGCUGUGGCACGGAACUGGUACAAUUCACAACUUGGAGGAGAUCAUUACUGGCAGAUGUUACAACUACUUCAGAGUAGUGAAUCCUACAAUAGGAGAAAAGAACUGCUCAGCAAUUUGGGAAGCCUUUCAAAGUGCUUUCAUUUAUAAACAGCCCUGCAAUGUCAUUCCACCUGACUAUAAGGAUUUUAUCAGUCUGGCAUGGCACAAUAUCCCUCCGGAUCAGGCAUUAUUCUGGGAAAAUACCAAGCUUCUGGUUCAGAGAUAUUCAGAUAGAACCAGGCGAAUGAUGCCUCUUGGUGACACGCUGAUUGGCAUUUUGGCAGAUGACUUGGACUGGUGCGGACAACCUGAAUUUCCAGGCAUGAAUUUUGAAUCCUGUCCCACAACAACUGAAUGUGAAAAUAACCCAGUGAACUCCUUUUGGAAAAUAGCAUCUGAAUAUUAUGCAAAGGAGGCAAUGGGAGUAGUGAGAGUGAUGCUGAACGGCUCAGUUUCUGAUGGAACUUUUCCUAAAAAUGGGUUCUUUGCUAAGUAUGAGCUUCCGAAUUUAAGAAAAGACAAAAUCUCUGAAAUACAGAUUUGGAUCAUGCACAAUAUUGAUGGACCUGUCAGAGAAUCAUGUGGGACUGGCACUGUUAGACAGCUUGAAAAUAUCCUGCAGAAGCAAGAUUUCAGCUACUCUUGCACAGACAACUACAGAAAUGGUCCUUAAGAGAGGGCAGAAGAGGAGAUGGAAGCAUAACAGAGUUAUUCGCCACUUGCAAUGCGUGGACUUCCCAGACAAACCAGCCUGCAGUUGUAUUUAGUCAGAAGAUCAUUCUUUUUAAUCAGAUGGAUACCUUGAUUUCAUUUCACCUAAUUUCUCUGAGAGCUGAUGUUUAAUCACUUGUAGUAUUGUGCAUGUUUGGCAUUAGUAAAAUUCUGCAAAAA